AUGAGGCUGCCGAUCCUCGUUUUCGCCGUCUGCACGGCCCUAGGAUAUCCCGAGGAGAAGUCAGUCUCGUUCUCCAAGAGACUUGAGGUCCUCGAUGUCGAGGAUCGACCCUUGGCUGGAUCUUCCAGGGCGUUUGGCUCCACGCCUUUGUUUCUCCUCCACGUCCUGAAGAAACUGAAAUAUCAGAAGAUCCCAAAGAUACCUACAACAAUGGUGUCACCUGGGUGCAUAUGCGUGCCGUUUUACCUGUGCAGCUCCAAUGGCACCAUCAUCACCGAUGGAGUUGGUGUGAUCGAUGUCAGGUAUCGACGUUGCACGGGCGAUCAGGAAGUGUGCUGUUUUUUACCUCCUAGCACAUUAAUGCCGAUACCUACCGCUGUGCCAACGGCGGCACCCACGAUGAGUAUGAUGCCUGUGGUGAUGCCGACAAUGCCACCAACGAUGCCACCAACAAUGCCACCAACAAUGCCACCAACUAUGCCACCAACUAUGCCACCUACAAUGCCCCCAACAAUGCCACCAACAAUGCCACCUACAAUGCCCCCAACAAUGCCCCCAACAAUGCCACCUACAAUGCCACCUACAAUGCCACCAACAAUGCCCCCAACAAUGCCUCCAAUUCCUAUAUCAAAUUGCAUCUGCGUCCCUAUACUACAAUGUGGUGGGAACGGAGUGGUCAUAGUAUCAGGACAAGGCAUAAUAGACCCUCGCCAGCAGAUUAGGUACUGUGUGAUACCUACCCAAGUGUGCUGCACUAACCCGUACCCAGUGGUGUAUCCAACGAAUCCACCGAUGACGACUACUCCAGCUCCAACAACUACUACUCCAGCUCCAACGACAACUACUCCAGCUCCAACGACGACUACUCCAGCUCCAACGACGACCACCCCAGCUCCAACGACAACCACCCCAGCUCCAACGACAACAAUGGCUCCAGUCCAACCGCUCAUCUGCAACUGCAUACAAUGCAUGUCCAGUGUAGUCAUAAUCUGUCCCGGAUUUGGGGUAAUCGACCCCAGGUAUUCUGCCGGAAAUCAGGGCUGCAUAUGCGAAACCGUCAGUCAGGUCUGCUGUGGAGGCGUUCUUUGUCAAGCGCCGACUGGUACCGCAGCUACCAGCACUUUGGGACCUGUAGUCAACUCUGGAACCUCUCAGGCUUGUGUCUGCGUAAAAUCUUGGACCUGUUCCGAUGGGAAUGUUGUCAAUAUCGACGGAGCUGGCAUCAUAGAUCCUAGAUUUAGCUUGUGUCCUGCGGCGGACGAAGUCUGUUGUCGUCCUGAGGGUGUUGCGGAGUCCUUCGAGGUCUCCGCGGCUCUUGGGAACGGAAGGACCCAGGGUUCUGAAGGUCAAGGUUCCACUGGUGCGCAAGGAAUCUGCGGAGUUCGUGGGAUGACGUACUCGACAGGGACUGCUUUAUCCAGCGAUACUGGAGAGACGUAUUUUGCGGAGUUUCCAUGGAUGGUCGCUCUUCUAGUGAAGCAAAGUAACGGAGCACUCCUUUUCAAAUGUGGCGCUUCCAUGAUCAACACUCAGGCCGUCUUGACCGCCGCUCAUUGUGUUAAUAAUGUCGAUCCUAAAUUGCUGGUAGCACGUUUUGGCGAAUGGAACACGCAGAACAAUGAUGAACCCGUUCCGUUUCAAGAGGCAAACGUGGAGAGUAUGGUGAUGCAUCCGCAGUUUUACAGCGGAGGUCUUUAUCACGAUGUGGCUGUUCUUGUUCUGGCCUCGGCUGUCAGUUACGCUGUCAACGUCAUGCCAAUUUGUCUGCCUGAACAGGGAAUGGCAAUUGCAGCCGGGACUAGGUGUUUUGCGACUGGAUGGGGUCGCAAUGCGUUUGAAGGGCAGUUCCAGACUGUGCUUCGCGAGGUCAAUCUGCCCAUUGUUGAACACUCGGAUUGUCAGACCAGGUUGAGGACCACAAAAUUGGGCCAAUACUUCCAGUUACAUGGAAGCUUCAUAUGCGCUGGAGGAGAGUCCAACAGAGACACCUGUGGAGGUGAUGGGGGAGGUCCAUUAGUUUGUCCAGACUCUCAAGGAAGGUAUUACCAAGCUGGAAUCAUAGCUUGGGGAAUUGGAUGUGGCUCAUCGAACAUCCCCGCAGUGUAUGCCAGUGUUCCUCAACAUCGACAAUGGAUCGACCAGCAGCUUGCUAAUUACGGAGUUCUUUAACGACCCGUUAAUGAUCCCGGAAAGUGCAGAACGAUCGUGUAAACCGCUGGCAGCACAUUGGGGUCGCUCGUGCACGAGAACAAAGUGCUCCAAUUGAUUCGAUCUAGUCCUCGCAUACAUAUAUAAGCGCCGUGUGCUUUAUUUUUUCUUCUACUUGUUUUUUUUUUACAGAUAGAUAUAACUUUUUCUACGCCGACCCGUUUAGGAACUGAAUAACGCAACUUCCAUGCAACUGGUUCUUCGAAAUUCGAUGAUACACCACGUGACGAGUUUCAGACGAACUAUUAGGCUGAUGCAUAAGUAAUGGCGUUUUUAACACCUAACAUAAUGGGUAAAAAAACGCCAUGAACCUAAUAAUUAGGUCCCUUUGACAUUUUCAUUUUUAUAAUUCGUAGGAGUCGCUUGAGAAUUUGUAAGGACAUCGUGAUGAGAUCAGUAUUAAUAAGGCCAGUAGGCCUCUCUGAGAAUUAGUAAAGGUUGUAUAUAGACGGUUUCUCAAAAUAAAUAAUGAUUCUAUGUCGCACGUGAAUGGUGAAUCUUGAUGGCGAUAUCGUAUAUGUGUGAGGGAGAUACAUACAUAAGCUUGGGAACCAAACUCUUUGAAGAAUUGUGAAAGAGUCUGUUAUCGUGCU